AUGCGGGAGCUUUUGCAGGCUCCUGAUAGCGAUCCAGAUGAGAAGGGCAUUUCAGUAAUCCAACUUGGAGGAGAUAAAAGCAUGGAUCAACUUCUCACCAUCCGGUUGGGAGAGGGAAGAACGAAAUUUGCCGAUGUUUUUAAGAUGGAGGAAGGAAACCUUAUAGAGGUGGCGGACAUGGGUGUGAAACAAUUGUGCAUCUCAUACUCUGGCUCCAUGGCUCUCUGGCUCUGUGGUGUGUUGGUGCUGUUCUGUGCCUCUGAUGCUGCCCAGGCCAUGUUAGUCACCGACAUGGACUAUGGAGGCAUUCCUCUGUGGAUAAACCGCCUGCUUGGUGAGCCCAGCGUUUUAAGUCUCCAGGGAAGGAUGGACCCGGCCUGGUUUCGGGCCAACAACCCCCAGUUCUGUCCUGAGCAGUGUGUGUGUCCAAUCCAGUGGCCAACAUCGCUCUACUGUGACAACAUAGCUCUCGAACACAUCCCUGAAGGACUGCCACCAAGAACCCAAUACUUGUUUCUACAGGCCAACAACAUCUCAUCUCUGUCCUCCUCCAUCCUGGCUAAUAUUACCGGUCUGCGCUGGCUGAUCAUCGACAAUAAUCAGCUCAAGAGUGAAAACCUGGAGAUAGGAUCCCUGGAGAACCAGAAAGACCUGCGCUACUUUUUUGCAAACAACAACCACCUGACUUCAGUGCCUAACGGUCUACCGGCCGGGCUCAAACAGCUGCGACUGGCCAACAACCUUAUCAGCAGCAUCAGCCCAGGAGCGUUUCAGAACCUGGAAUAUCUAUCGGUGCUGUUACUGCAGGGGAACAGACUGCAGACCAUCACAGAGGCAGACCUCAAAGGUCUGGUCAGGCUGAAUCUGUUAGACGUCAGCGGAAAUCUGUUCUCAUCUGUCCCCAGGCAUUUACCUCCCUCAGUCCAGCAGCUCUAUUUGUCCAAUAAUUCCUUCUCCAGUCUGGAUGAGGACAGUUUUGAGGGUUUUCUAGACCUGAAGUAUCUGCGUCUCAGCCGCUGUGGCCUGCAGAGCGUCAGCAUCCACCCUCAGGCAUUUAACCACUCCAGCCUGGUGGAGCUGGACCUCUCUUACAACAAGCUGACCACCAUCCCCACUGUUCCAACAACACUCCAAUACCUCUACCUGGAGGCCAAUAAAAUUAAAGAGUUCAACGUGACCAGUUUCUGCAGAGAGGUGGGGCCUCUGUCCUACUCCAGAAUGAAAAUCCUACGGCUGGAUGGAAAUGAAAUGACAUACCACCAGCUGCCCCCUGACUGGGUUUACUGUCUCCGAGUGCUUCUGAGAAUAUUCAUCUGACUCUAAGAAAUAGUAAAACAGAUGUAUAGCAUUUCCUGCUCCAAACUGGUGCUACAAGAAAAAAACAUGACAAAACACCUCAGCUUUUGAUUGUCCAGUUCAUUGUUUGUGUUCUUUGCAUUAAAGCUUGAAAUCAAUGAA